AUGAGUGCACCAGGUUCUCCACGAGACGGUACGUUACCUGACGAAGACGACUGGCUCUCAUGGCUUCACCACCAUGAUGAAGUUCUGGACAGUAAUCCCGGGCUCGAUAACGGGACGGUGAAUACAGAAGCCGAUGUUACCGACGGCGGCCCGUUCAGGACAUGGUUACAGCACUUAUCAACCGAAACAUUGGAAUCCAUAGAUUGUGCAACUUCUGGGGGACUCGCAUCUAGCGAUACUUUGGCUGAAGAUGUCUCAGGUUUAUCGUCCAGCGGAUACUAUGGCGCCCCAUCAGAUUCAUCCGUGGGGUCUGUAGAUUCACUAACUUCACCAAUUGCGUCGGCUUCUCGAUUGAGAAGAAGAAGGAGACAGACACGCCAUAAUAUCACCACACGAGAGAGGGAGACGACUAAACGAAGGUAUCAGUGCACGUUUUGCACGGAUGCCUUCAAAACAAAACAUGACUGGCAAAGGCAUGAGACAACAAUGCACUUGACUCUUGAGCAAUGGAAACAGAUGGAAAUUCGUACUGCAUCUUCUGCAAAUGUCUCAACCCCUCGACAGACCACCCAGAGACUCACAGCUAUUCAGCAUCAUCUUCGCCUCUUUCAUCAAGGCUGCAACUUCAAUGACUCCAUGAAGAGCUGGCUUUCGUCGAUAGAUGAUGUAAGAUCAAGAUGUGGAUUUUGUGAUGCUCAACUGGACACUUGGACUGAAAGGCAGAGGCAUCUUGCUUUGCACUUUCGGUCAGGUACAGAUAUGAGAGAAUGGAAAGGUGACCGUGGUUUUGAUAAGAGUAUUGAGGAGCUCGUGGAGAAUGACAUGCCUGCGUUCUUGAUAGGUGAUCAGCGACGAACCAUGGAGCCAUUUUCUGCUUCACGAGUUGACCACCGUGUCGACACAUACGCCUUGAGCCCGUUUAGCACCACUGAGGCGAGCUCGAGAGAAUCAGAGGUUCCGCACUCUCACCAGGAGGUACAGAGGCUCUUGUUGCAAUAUGUAUCUACCGAGAUCUCGAAAGGCCAUGUGCCGUCAGAUCGCCAGAUACAACGCAAGAUGAGCGAGAUUAUAUAUGGCCCUGAUAAUUCCUGGGAUUCGACCUGGGCGGAUAAUCCACAGUGGAUGGACAUGUUUCGGAAGAAGGCUGGAUUGAUUAGUUUACCUCUCAGUGGAGGGAAGAAUGCUUUUAUUGGCUUCUGA